AAAAAUUAUAUGAAGCUAGAUAUAAUAAAAUUCGUAUAUUUGAUGCUGAAACCAAAAAAUAUUUGGGUGCUUCACAUAGAAAAUGUCACAGGAAAAAAUCAAUGAUUCAAGACGAGGAAAAAAACAGAGUGAUAGAUCAUGAUCAUAUUACAGGAAAGUUUAGAGAUUUUGCUCAUAGUGGAUAUAAUAUAAAAUUACGAAUCAAUCCAGAAACAAUAAAAAUUCCGGUAUUAUUCUGUAAUGAAAGUGGCUACGAUUUUCAUCAUCUAAUGCAAGAAAUAGCAAAAGUAACAGAUGAAAAAAUAGUGCCUAUAGCAAAUAAUUCUGAGCAAUAUAUUAUCUUUUCAGUUGGCCAGCUUCAAUUUAUUGAUA